AUGACAACAAAACAACAGGCAUGGACACUCCGAACACACCACAAAGUACCACCAGGACAAAAAUCACCGACUUUUACCUACCUGCAGAUACUAGUUUAUACAACAUCUGCGCACAGUGUACCGUCUUGCGGCUUAUAUGGAGCGCCACCAUGUCAAUUCGUACCAGCACCGCCGGGACAAACGCCAUCUUGUGCUCGACCGGGCCGAACCUACUGCGAACACGUGGACAAUUAUCCAACUUACCUCAUCAAACAUCUCGUUCACAAAUGGGGUUAUGAGGCCAAAAACUUGCUCAUCGAUGAGUCUUGGGAUGAAUUCACGGCACUGACGUGGCACGAAACGCCCGUCUUCUACGAUCCAGCUUUUAUCUUCUCAAGUCAUCGACCGUAUAAUGGCGGCGGCAAUGCAGGACUUGGUAGCGGUGAGGACUUUAAUGGAUACAAGUACGGUACUCCAGGUGGUAGUGGUGCGAAUAGUGGGCGAAAUACUGGCAGAGCCGGAGCAGGUGCUUCCAGCAAUACUGAAAAUACAUUCAUCAUAACAAAAUCGCAAACUACAGAAACUCCUACAUUUCUGUUUUACACUUCCGCUGGCCAACGGCUCAAUAAAAAUCAAGUGAACAGCUUUAAUCUAGGCAGCAGCAGCGGAGCGCCCGGCAGCGCGAACAAAGUUUCGUCAAAUAGCCCAGCGUUUUGGCUAAAACGCAUUUCACGCAACGUUGACGGUAUGGUGGGCGUAGAAGUGGGCGGGAAUUUUACCGCAGCGUUGUCAUCAUUCGAACUAGAAGGGGUACCAGACACCGUUAACCGUACGAAACGCAGCAUUACUUCAUCAUCUCAAACUAGUUCAUCCUCAUCGAAACUGUCUCGCGACGUUUCACUCAAUAUGGAUCUCUUGGACAUCGUCGGUGCCGACAAAGGCGCCAAAACGCGAACUAAACGACAAAGCCCCGGUAGGGAAACGCUCUGUAAAACCACCUCACAAUUUAUUACACCUCAAGCGGCCCUCAAUAAUAAAGGGAACUGGAUGUUUGUGGUAAAUGAGCCAAGCACAGCGCGUCAAAUGGUGAAGGCAGAAUUAUGCGCCUCAAACACCUGCUCGAAUCUGUGCCAAUUGCCCAAUGGUUAUAACUCCAGAUGCGAACAGAAAUACGUGCAGAAACGGCUUAUUGCACUGCAGGCCAACGGUCAGAAUCUAUACACAGACUCAUUUUGGUUUCCGAGCUGUUGCGUUUGCACGAUAGCUGCAAAUUGAGCGAAGUGUGUCGAUGGAUGCAGCGGGUGGUUAGCGGUUGACUGGCGGCGGAACGGUAAAAAGCAAUGUAUUUAAAGCGUAAAUUUAUUUGCAUUCAUUUAACUCAUUGUUAUCGAGACUUUAAAGUAAUUUAUAUUGAAUUUAUAAGCAAAACCAGAUGUAUGAAAAAUCCACACUACAUAUGCAUGUAGCAUAAAAUGUUUUUUAUUAAAAAAAUUUGCAAAAUCUUAUCGCAAAGCGAAAUAAUGAGUAUAUAUGUCAUAUAACAAACACAUGUGUGCUCGAAAUGGUUUUUAUAUGGAGGAAAAUGGACAAGACCGUAAAUUAUAAAAUUAUUAA